AACGCAUAUGGAUUCGUCAUAGUUGGUCGAAUUAACGCACGUGGAAAAAAUAAAAAAAACAAUAUCUCGACAUAAAAAAAACAAAUAAAUAAAUUAAUAAUAUUAAACAACAAAUUUCAUUGUAUUAUACUAAUCAAAAUUAACAGUUAAUAAGUGUCAAUAAAUUAAUAAAAAAUCAAGAAGAAAAACAACAAGAAGACACACACAAAAGAAAGAAAAAAAAAUCAACAAUGGAGAAUUUAGAACAGUAUUUUGCUUGUAUGGGAACAACAGAUAAAAAAGAUUUAAUAUCACAAUUGCAAUCAUUGCUUGUACAAAAACAAUUGGAUGAUACAACAGCAACAUUUUUUCUUGACAUGAAUAACUGGAAUCUUCAAGCAGCAAUAUGUAGUUAUCUUGAUUUUGAAAAAUCAAAUAAUAUACCUUCAAUGUUAUUAAUUUGUGAUUGUACAAUUGGCGAGGGUGAAGCUGUAUCACCAAAUACAAAUUUUUCGAAAUCAUGGAGAGUUAAAAAUUCUGGUAAUGAACCAUGGCCAGAAGGUAUAUGUUUAUUACAAACUGAUGGUGCUAAUAUGGGACCAUGUAGACGUAUUGAUGUACCAUCAAUUAGUCCAAAUGAAAUCAUUGAAUUAAGUGUUACAUUAACAAGUCCAAAUGACGUUGGAGUUUAUCAUAGUCAAUGGAGAAUGAUGACUGCUAGUGGUUCAUAUUUUGGUGAUGCCAUUUGGGUUAUUGUCACUGUCAGUGAAACUGGUACACUUGCUGUAACACAACAAUUACACAGGUUAAGUACAACUGAUGUACAAAUGUCCUAGUCUAAUCAUUAAAAAAAAAUUUAUUAAAAAAACUAAAUAUAUUUUUUUAUAAAUUAUUAUUAAUACUUUAAAUAUUUUGAUAUACCUCCAAUUUUAUAAGAAAAAAAAAAAAACUUAAUGAAUGAUAAAAAAAAAAAAAAAUAGUUGUUGAUAUUUAAAUUAUAAUUUUUAGCUAUUUUUUUUUUUUUUUUGUUUAUUUUAUAUCUAAUGAAAAUCUUAAUUUACUAUUUAAUUAUCAAAAUGUUAUUUAUGUUAAAUUAGAAAAAAACAAAUAAAUAAAAUUAUUAGAUAGAUUAAAUUUUGUUUCUUGCGAAAUAAACAAAUUAUUGUAUAUGAUUUGCUGUGAUAUUUUUGUGUGGCGUUAACAAUGACAUGUAACAUGCAAUGUAGCAUUGACAAAAGGCUGUAAGCGUCACGCAGCAGUUAACUCAGCACCAGCAUAACAAAUUGUUAUGAUGUUGUUGAGUUAAAUACAGAAUAAACGUUUGGUCUCGUGUGAAUUCAUCGAAAGAUAUUUCACCAGGUAUAUGUUUGUAUGCAUUGAGAGGUCACUGGCUUUAUUUAUCAACACACAAACACAAAUAUUAAACACACAUUUUUAUACACUGUUUAUUUAUUUUCAUGUGUUUUAAUUUUGUCAUGAUAAUAAUCUCAUUCAAUUUGUUUAUCUAUUAUUUUAUUUUCUCAUCCUAUUUUUGUUUUUUAUUUUUAAUAUUUUAAUGUGUGUUGUUACAUGAGAGACAGUAGCUGGAAAAUUACAGGUUCAAUUGAUUCAUCGCACGAGCUAUUAUUUCUUAUUUUUUUUUGUUUAAAAAUUGUUUUUUUUUUUAUUAUUAUUUUUGAUGAGAUAGCUAGCAUUCAUUGACGAUGAGGUAAUCGAAAUUAAAAUUGACUGUUUGUCUAGACUUUGAGAUAUAUUUUUCCUUAUUGCUAAUGUUUUUUUUUUUUUUUUAAAUAAAUUUAUUGUUUAUCUUGAUGAAUAAAUAAAAAUAUAAAUUUAUUUAAUUAAUUUUUUUCUAUUUCUUAUUUGUUUAUAAACAGGUAGAAAUUUUUGUCAGUUUGUUUUUCAAUAUUAAGAUGGAAAUAAAUUUUCUUUCAUUGGUUAUAAAUUUGUUGGUAUUAUUGGAUAAAAAAAAUUCGAAAAAUAUUAUGUUAUCAUAUAAAAUCCCAGUUGGGUAUGAAUUCAAUCGUAAAAAUAAAAUCGAGUUGAAUAUUUCAAUUUUAUUUAUUUAAUCAAAAAUAAAUUAAAUAUGAAUUUUCAAUGAAAAUCAAUUGGAAAAUAUAUUUUUCUAUAUACUCAGGGGUUGAUAUGUAAAUUGAUUAAAUAAAUUAUUAUUAUUAUUUAUUUUGUUUAUAAAUUUAGUAGACAAUAAAAAAAAAAAAAUUUCAACUUUUUAUGUUGAAAGUUUCUACUGGAAUUAAAGAACAAUGAAUGAAUAAAAAAAAAAAAA